AUGUCCUGUCUCUCGUCGCCUCCCGGUGACCACCGAUCAAUCACAUCCAGACCCAAACUCACGUUACAAACCACAUCUCUCCCGCGCACGUUUGGCAGUUCUACUACCGGCCUCUCUCUCUCCUUCGCCGCCGGUCCAACCGCAUCACCGACCGUCCGUAAUACCUUUAAGAAUGCUUACGAUGUCGCCUCCCCCGCCUCCGCGACAAGUUCGCCCUCCUCCAAGGCCCCUCCCAGCCUCCGAUUCAACGGCAACAAGCCAAUCUCUCCAUACGUCCACCACGCGAACAACAACCCCAAUACCUUCAACUACCGCCCCUACCAACUCCCCAUAGGCGUGCGCAGCAUCCUACGCAACUCCCCCCUCGAAUCAGCCUCGCGGCGCCGCUCUGGCUCCAUCUCCGCAGGCACCAGCGGACCCGGCGGCGCAGGCGCACGCCGCGUUUUCUUCCCCGCCAAGAAACAAGUCAGCUACCGGAACCCACUCGAGGAGGAGAUCCGCAACGAGCGCUACACGGCGCAGCACCUGGACCUGUUUCAAGAAGACGAGUCGACCGAGGCUGUGCACGGCGAGGCACACCCGGCGCCGGAAGAACCAACGCCCGAAUCCGCCGAGGGCGACGACUCUGAUUCAGCUAGUCUGCUAUCACUUUCAGAGACGAGCAGUGCUUCCAGCGAUGAUGUGAGCCCGAAUGACGGUGCCAACACACCGCUGUCCAAGACCGAGCGCAAAAAGCGGCGAACCCUGCGCGCAGAGCGACAAGUUCGAGCUGUCGCACUCCUCGACGGCUUCGAUACAGAUCCCUACGCUUCAUCUACACCUCAGACUCCCCGCCAGGGCCGAGUCAAGCGCCGUCGUGAGUGGAAGUGGACACUAGGCCCCGUCAGCGCCAUCUCGGACGACGCGCACGCCGAAUUACCGGUGCAAAUACCUGCGCCUCAGCCGGUUGAUCCGCCACCUGAAAAGCCACCUAGCAAAUGA